CACGUGCAAGAAAAAAAAUAUAUAUAUGUGUGUGUGUGUGUAAGCCGGCAACAAGUAUGGGUCCCACCGUAUGAUUUGGAGAAUUUUUAUUUGUCAGAGCAAGUUAUGUGGUACUCCAAGUACAUGUAAGAAUUCCUCCCAUAACCAUAACCACCCCGUUAACCGCCAUCUCUGCAUCUAACGGCCACCCGGCCUCCACACGCGCUCUUCAUUUAUCACAAUACACAUAUUCAGUCUAGCCACCAUCGUCCUCCAUUCACCCUCCUCCCUGUGUCUCUUGUCUCACCGCCACACCCAUCAGAACCGCCGCAAGGAAGGCGGCUAAUCCCACUGUUCGGAAAGCCACGCGCCGUUGAAAGCACCUGCGUGUGGAUUCACGUACCCCUCCAUCACUGUUGUACAGAAGGCCUUUUUUGAAGACUUGGAUAUUGAAUUUACAGGCGUAUCAGGGUCUUAAUGAAGAAAGAUGGAACUUGAGGAAGCAGAAAAUAAUCUCCGUGCUAUGAGACUGUUGUAUAGGCUCUUAGAACAUAAUAGCCUUGGCCUUCAGAAUACAACUUCAGAGGAUUUGGUAGAGAGAGCUCAAGAAUUACUGAAAAAUAUGCUGGAAGUAGCAUCUGAAAGGGUUUUCGAGACUAUUUUAAAGAUCAUAGCAACAGAAACUGGUAUCUCCAAGACACCCUUCACUUCUCAACCUGUGGCUGAUCUCCAGUUAAGGCCUUUGUUGGCAGCCAACAGUUCUCACUGCUCUCUAAAAUAUCCAACACGCGGUAGAUUUCCUUCGCAAAAGGAUGAACAACCCCAAUCAAAGUCACCAGCAAAGAAAGCAGGUCCAAGACUAUGUAAGCGUAGCAUCUCUGAUAAAGGAAAAGCAAUGAGAAAAGCACUCUUUAAUGAUGGUGAAGAAAGCAGUAUAAUGCAGCAGAACUUAGUAAAGGCAGCAAAUCUAUUUAACAAGAAGCCCAUUAAUCCUAUUAAAGAGAGCAGUCAUCAUGAACAGAAGUACAGUGUGAGCACUUUUCGCGAGGGUGAACACUCAAAAUCUGGUGAGCUUAGAGAAGUCAGUGAAACAUCAUUACCAUGUAGAGUUUCUGAAAUUGAAAGCAAUCCAAGUACUUCUAGCAGGCUUGAAGCUCAGGAUGAGGAGGGAGACAUCUCUAGUGACUUGUUUAAUGCAAUAAAAAGAAUUGAAUCUCGUAUAUUGGCUUUGCAGCUUUACUCAAGUUUAGUAUAUUCCAAAAAGAAUGGUGCAGCUGACAAGAUUAUGCAUAAAAUAACAAAUUCAGAGAGCCAUAAAAGACAGAAAAAUGAAGGAAUACCAGGAAACCGGCCUUGUUAUCGAAGGUUGCUGUUAGAAGGAAAUGGAUUAAUGAGUCAGCAGGCGCAUAAACUAGCUAGUAAGUGUGAAGAUUCAACCACAGCAAAUGUCGAGCCCAUCUUCUCCAGAAACAAGUCACUGAGUAAGGUAGAAAAUCAGAUUUUUGACCCAGAAAAGGAGAACAGCAUCUCAGCAUGGAGAAGCCGCCAAAAAGGUGAGGCAUGCAGAGCUACACUGUUGGCUUCAAGAGGAGAGAAGUUGCUAAGCCAGAAUGGACGUCGACCUCCAGUGCAGAGCAUGGACAUAGUAGACAGAUUUCAGUCAUUAAAUUGGUCAGUGAGUGGGAAUGACCACUUGGUGAAUCAUGCUAAUGAGUGUAUACAGGGGAUUAGGAUUCCUCUGAAUUCCAUAACAGCAGGUUCACCAAAUAAAGACAAGCCAACGAGAAGAAACCCAGUGGCUCAGUCAGAGACUCACAGGAGAGAGAAACAGCCCCUUCAUCCUAUGGUACCAAGACGAGCUCUACCUCACUGGAGAUCCAGUGAGUCUAAAAUGCCCGCUCAUGGUUACAGAGACAGAAAAGUUUCAGAGAAUAGAGGGGCUCACAAGAUGAGGGCUUCAUCACCACAUCAUCCGGAAUCAUCAGAAGAGUUCAGUUCAAGCUCCUGCUCUCGUGCUCGCUUGACAUCUAAUCAAAGCAGUGCCAUAUAUAGUAGUGAAUCUGAGGACAUUGGUGAUUCGCCAGGAGAUAUGGUCAGCAAGACAUAUGAGGAUAGCUCAAGAGAGAAUAGUGAUUCAGAUUAUCAAAAUGAUGCUGGCUCUUCACAUAGAACGGAAAGUUCCAGUUCUGGCAGAUCUUGGCAUAGGAGAGGACCUGAGAAAACAAUUGGACGCUUGAGGAGGCUGAAAAAUAAGCUUAGACUUAUCUUUCACCAUCACCACCAUCUUCACCAUCAUCACCAUCACGAUGAAGAUGAUAAUAAAACAAGUAAGGCGGAUCACAAUCAUUCUAUAUGGCAGAGGAUCUUCCAUGGCAAAAACAAGCACAAGUUGCUAGCAAGAGGAAAAUCUGAGAAGACAAGGGGAGGCACCAUUGUUAAAGUGUCACGUGGAAAACAGGUUGGGCAGUUUCAUGGACUUGUGGAGGGGAUUCUGAGACACGUCAGACAUUCUAAGAAACGAAAGCCUUCUAAGUUUGUUAGGAUCAAAGGGUCAAGGAAUCCCAAACUUGGCAAUAGGAAGAAGUUGCAUUGGUGGCAGAUGCUUCGACAUCACCGGGGGGUGAGGGUGAACAAGGGAGGCCGUCUCAGAGUGGGGUUCAAAAGCCAAAAAUGGCUCAAGAACUAAGCAAAAGCUAGUGAAAAGCAUGCAGCACGAUUUCCAUGGUUAAUCCAGAAAAUUUGACGAGAUGGCAUGCAAAAAGUUCCACUUCUGGUGUAAUAGAAUGUUUCUGCUUGCCUAAUCUUAAUUAUUAUUCUUCAUUGCUUCAUUAUCUCUUGCCCAUUUUUGCAAUCAAACUCGGCUUUUUAGUUCACCUGAUCAUUCUAUGCGAAGAAUAUGA